CUAAGUGCGCGGGGCGGAGCCACCCCCGGGCGAGCACUCGAGCUCUUGGGGGCGGCGAAGCAAGGGUGCGAUUCGCGUGGCAAGGGUUGCUAAUGCGCGCGACAUGAUCCGCAAAGCGUUGUCGCUGAUUGGCGCGCGUCGCCGAUGCCGAAUCGAUAGGCAAGGCCAAUAAGGGUGUCCGGGUGCAGUCAUCGUUUGGCCCUCCGCAUGGACCGAAGGGCAGCCGCCGCCGUGCCACCCCUCGAGGGCAACAAACUCAUCUCGGACAUGAGGAGCCGCACGUCCUUCCUCAUCGAAGACAUUCUUUUCAGGCCAAAAUCUCAGCAGGGGCGAGAAUGUCCUCUGAUGUCGCGAGGUUUGCCUGACGUCGGGGCCGGUUUUCCCCUGUUCCACUCAUCGGCCGUGGCCGCCGUGGCCGCUUACCUGCAGCCAGCGCCGCACCCAGCCUUUCUGCAACACGCGAAACCGAGCGACCAUCACUUCUUCCUUCCGACAGCAGGAAUACCUUUUGGCUCUCUGUUUACUGGGGAACCAGGCUCAAAGCAUUGCCGACGCCGCAAAGCAAGGACCGUUUUUUCCGACCAACAACUAACCGGCUUAGAAAAGCGAUUUGAAGCUCAGCGAUAUUUGUCGACACCGGAAAGAGUGGAACUCGCGGCUGCACUAAGCUUGUCAGAGACCCAGGUGAAAACGUGGUUCCAAAACCGUCGAAUGAAACACAAGAAACAGCUAAGAAAAUUCAACGACGACAAAAGCGCAACCUCGUCACAUUCCGGAAGCACCCCUGCGACUGAAAUGGGCUUAAAAAGUGGCGUUUUGCAACAGGAGACGCUCAGAUUCCAACAGCGAACAGACGAGGGGCCUGUGGACUUUUCGUCGCGGGGACACGCGACCUACUCAAGCUGCAGCAGCAGGUCCAGCUCGCCGGUGUCCAUGACCGCCACCAGACACCUGUCGAGCGACUCGGAGGACAUAGACAUAGUCGGCGAUCCACUCCCUUGUAACCGAUAACCCUUUAUGUUUAAGGACAAUUUGCUCGGAUGUAGCACACAGGGUCAACGUUUAUAAUUACAACAUUAAUUUUGUUGUGUAAAUUUUUCUCGAAGCAAAGAUGUAGGCGAUGCUGUUAGAGCAAAAGCAGUUGUGCAGAGAAUAUUGAGUGUGAUAAUAA